UCUCUUAAUUUGUUAUAUGUACUUUAGACUUAUGGUAGUGCCAUCUCUUCUUUAAUGAUCAUUCUCUCUUAGCUUUCUCAUUGAUGGUUUUAUCAUUGUUGUGGUCAUAUUAAUGUCCGAAGUUAUGAAUCUAUCCAUUAAUGGCCAGUCUCAAGUUCCUACUGGAUUUAGGUUUCACCCAACAGAAGAGGAGCUUCUUCACUACUAUCUUAGAAAGAAGGUGAACUAUGAGAAGAUAGAUGUUGAUGUUAUUCGUGAGGUUGAUCUUAAUAAGCUCGAGCCUUGGGACAUUCAAGAGAAAUGCAAGUUAGGAUCAACUCCACAGAAUGAUUGGUACUUCUUUAGUCACAAGGACAAGAAGUAUCCGACGGGGACUAGGACUAAUCGUGCAACGGCGGCUGGGUUCUGGAAGGCGACCGGCCGGGAUAAGAUCAUCUACAGUGGGAUUAGAAGGAUUGGAUUGAGGAAGACUCUGGUUUUCUACACAGGAAGAGCUCCACAUGGUCACAAAUCCGAUUGGAUUAUGCAUGAAUAUAGGCUUGAUGAAAGCACCACUGAAACCACCACAGCUACAAAUUCGAUUGGAGAAUCGAUGACUGAAGAGGGGUGGGUAGUUUGCCGAGUGUUUAGGAAGAAGAACUAUCAGAAAACCCUAAAUAGUCCAAAAGGUUCAUCCGACUCCAUGGAUUCAAAGGCCCAACAAAUGAUGCUAAGUUCAGGCAAUAAUGAUGGAGUUCUUGAUCAAAUCCUUCUCUACAUGGGGAGAAACAGCAAACUCGAAAGAGAAUCACUCAACGCCAUGACCAAUAUGAUCUCCAACACCAACCAAAACACCAGAUUUGGCAUCAAUGGUACUGAUCAUCAUGAUCAUCAGGUGUUCACUGAAAGAUUCCUUCAUCUCCCACGUCUCGAAAAUCCUACUACUUUCCCAUCAGUGCUCCCCAUUAACUCCGACCAAGAGGGCGUUUUCCAGUCUUGUUACCAACCGUUCAACGAAAUCCUCAAUGAAAUACCAAACAAAACAGGACUUCUCCAUGACUGGGCCACACUAGACCAUUUAGUGGCUUCACAACUUAAUGGACAAGUAGAAAAUGUGAGUUUCACUCUUUGUCCGGACGAAGAUGACUUACAUUCAGACAGGUCAGUACUCUACAACAACAACAACGAGAAUGAUCUAUGGAGCUUCACUAAGUCAUUAUCAUCAUCCAUAUCUCCUUCAUCAUCAUCAGACCCAUUAUGCCACUUGUCAGUAUAACAUAUAACAGGAAGAAGAUGGAAGGGAAAGGACAGACUUCCUUAGAUUCCAAAGACAGACAAAGAGAAUCCUGGUAUCUAUACAUAUAUAUUUGCUAUAUAUAAUAUAUAUGUGUACGUAGCUGGUGAAUAAUGAUAUAAUGAGGGUGAUAUAUAUGUAAUGGAGAUAAGAUGGCUCUCUCUUUCUACGAGCAAUUAUAUAUAUGCUGAUCAUGAGCAACUAUGUAAUGGAGAAAAAGCUGGCUAGACAAAAAUAAAGUAGUUAAUAAUGGUAGGGGAACAGCGAUCGCUGACUUGAAGGUGCAGUGUUGUCACAAAACACUCACUGAAAUCAUUAUACCCACUUGGCUUGGUAGUAUUGGAAAGAUGUCAUUCAA